GCAGAGAAGUAAAAUCCGAAAUCAUGGCGAAUCCCUUUUUGAUGGACGAAGACCUAGAUGGUUGCGAUGCGGCUGCCAACCCGUUUCUCAUGCAAUCAGAACCUGAACCUAGUACGGAUAAUCCUUUUGGAGCAGCUACAGGCGCCUCAAAUCCAUUUGCCUUUGGCGCCGAUGAUCUCGAGUUGGGGGCGGAACCGGAAGCGGAAGCUGCGCAUGACAACGAUCUUGACCCGGCAAUGAGUUUCUUUGGCACUACGAUCGAGGCGGAGGACGAUGCGUUGAGUUUGAAAUCAGGCGCCGAGGAGGAGGACGAGGGCAAGAAACUGCCUCAGUCCCAGCCACAGUUGCAAUCGCACGCGCACCCGCCCCCGCCACGCCCUCAGGCUCCUCCCCAGAGCACCCAAGACUUAAUUAGUACGGUGUCCAGUCAGUUGGACGAAACUAGUUCGGAGCUACUAGGUCGUAUACCUGCCACCCGAUCGCCCAGCCCGGUUUCGAUGCGGGAUCUGCACUCGCCGAGUCCUACUCCGGACUCGGGACUAGCCGAUCUCCUGGAUGUGUCGGUGGAUAGUGGAUCGAGUGCCCAUACUCAAGGAAUGGAGGCGGAUUUAAUUGGGGGAGUGGCAGGCGGGGUGCCGCUAGAUAAUCCCUUUGCAGUUCCGACAGCGGUGCCGAAUAUACAGGCGGCAGCUCCACUGCCUGCCACACCGAUGAAACAACCCCCUCGCCCACCACCGCCUCGUCCUGCUCCCCCACGUCCCGCUCCUCCAGGUCAAGCGGCACCACAGAGACCUCCACCACCGGUGGCCGCAGCUGGUCCACCGCCAGCCGCUCCAGAAGCGGAUGACCUUUUGGAUAUGUUUGGUACUACGGCAAGUAAGCCGGUCAAGCCGCCGCCACCCAAGUCCAAGGAGGACAUACUGAGUCUCUUUGAGCAACCACAUGCACCACCAGCCCCACCAGCAUCCAAGCCGGACUUACUGCAUGACGAUCUGCCCGAGGCGAUUGGCGAGGAUGUGCCGCAGGAACAAGAGGAGCUGAACGAGGAGCAGAGGAACGGAAACAACUCACGAGAUGAACCAGUAUUUACUUCCCUACUAAUACGACCGGACGAAAGCACCCAUGACAUAACCUCCCAACCACAGGCAGCUACUGGAUUGGAACGGCAGGUGAAUAAUAUGGCUGCACCACCGGGGGCCGCCAGCACGCAGAGGGCUACCACACCGGAUAUUGAGAUUACCACGGUGGAGGAUCUGCCGCGAUCUGAUGACGAGGAUGAGCCGCAGGCUAAGCAGGAACCGGAGACAGAUACGAAACCAAAAAUCGAACCCGAAAGGGAGCCCGAAAUUGUCUCUGAUCACAGCCCCCCAACGGAACGCCUAGUGACCACCCAGGCAGCUCUCGUCGAUGAUGAGCCCAUAGCCAGUGAGCCCGAGCCCGAGCCGGAGCCGGAGCCUGAGCAAAUGGACACCGGUCUAGACUUUCCGCUGGCUUCCAGCGGCCUGGCCAGCGGUCAGUUGUCCGCCAACCCCUUCGCCAGCCCCGAGGAGGAAGAGGAGCCGAACCUCGCACCCGUGCCUGCGGUAGUUGCCAAUAUAUUUGCGGUGAACGAUCCGGAACCGGAGAUGGAAACACCGCAAGCGCCCAGCUAUACGGCCAAUAUCUUUGCUUCCGAGCCAGACGAGUUUGACGCAUUCUCAGCCAAGUUUGACUCGGUGAAGAAGGACAAUAUCAGCAUUCUGGAUGGUUUUGGCGGUUCCGGAGCGAUAACGCCCACAGGCGGGGAUGCUUGGGGAGAUAGCGCUUUCGGAUCGGCUACAAUCUCGGCUAAUGCUUUUGGCGACACCAAUUCGGCGGAUAAUGGAUUCGGCAACGAGGACGAUGACUUCUAUGCAAUGCAGGCGCCCGCACGCGCAGAUUCCGUGGAAUCGGUGGACAAGGAGUUCAGCGUGGUUAUCCGCCCGAAGGCUGAAGGAACUAGUGGGGUAGCCCCCCAGCUUGCGCCACCACCACCGCCGGCGCGUGGGGUUAACCAGGCACAGACCACAUCGCCGCCUGGCUCAACCGUCAAUCCGUUCGAGGAUGUUAGUGGCUUCCCGGCUCCGGGGCCGCCACCAGCCGAUGGAACCGUCAUUAAACGCACGGACUCGCAGGACACGCCACAGACACCGCUCUAUGACGAGGAUGUAUCACAACCGCUGGAGGAGUUUCCGAGACUCCAUUACAUUGGACCCGGAUGGGAGAUGCAACUCCGGCAGCCCAACAAGAAGAAGAUCACUGGUCAGCGCUUCUGGAAGAAAAUCUUUGUUCGACUGGUGGUGCAGAACGAUGUGCCGGUGGUGCAGCUGCUUAACCAGGCGGGCGAUAAGCAACCAUUCCAAGAACUGCCCUUACAACCGUCGUAUUCUGUGUCGGAGAUCGGGGCUCAGCAGUAUGACCAGUUCGGCAAGAUUUUCACGAUGAAACUACAGUACAUUUUCUACAAGGAGAGACCCGGCGUUAGACCCGGCCAAGUAACAAAGGCGGAGCGGAUCACAAAUAAGCUGACCAAGUUCGCACAAUACGCCAUCGCUGGCGACUACGAAGGCGUCAAGGAGUUUGGCAGCGAUCUAAAAAAACUGGGCCUGCCAGUAGAGCAUGCGCCGCAGUCGUCCCAGCUCUUCAAGAUUGGCUCAAUGAACUACGAGGACAUGAAGCAGUUCUCGGUCUGCAUCGAGGAGGCAUUGUUCAAGCUUCCAGCUCUGCGGGAGCGAGCGUUGACAUACAAAAUGGAGGAGGUCCAGGUAACCGCCGUUGAUGAGAUUACUGUAGAACAGGACUUCGAGGGCAAGAUCCUCAAACAGAUUGCCCGAGUGCGACUCUUCUUCCUCGCUUUUCUUACCGGCAUGCCCACCAUCGAGUUGGGCGUAAACGAUAUGUGGCGGCAGGGGAAGGAGGUUGUCGGCCGGCACGACAUCAUCCCGGUGGCCACCGAGGAGUGGAUCAGGCUGGAGGCCGUUGAGUUUCAUAGUGUUGUUAAUCAGCAGGAGUACGAGAGAACGCGCACCAUCAAAUUUCAACCGCCAGACGCGAACUAUAUUGAGCUGCUCCGCUUCCGUGUGCGUCCGCCCAAGAAUCGCGAACUUCCGCUGCAGCUGAAGGCAACCUGGUGCGUCAGCGGCAACAAGGUAGAACUGCGGGCUGACAUCUUGGUGCCGGGAUUCACCUCCCGCAAGUUAGGCCAAAUCCCCUGCGAGGAUGUCUCCGUGCGCUUCCCGAUACCCGAAUGCUGGAUCUACUUGUUCCGUGUCGAGAAGCACUUCAGAUAUGGCUCGGUUAAGUCAGCUCAUCGGCGAACAGGCAAGAUUAAGGGUAUCGAGCGGAUCCUGGGUGCCGUAGACACGCUUCAGGAGUCGCUGAUCGAGGUGACCUCCGGACAGGCCAAAUACGAGCAUCACCAUCGGGCCAUUGUGUGGCGUUGUCCCCGUUUGCCCAAAGAGGGUCAAGGUGCGUAUACCACACAUCAGCUGGUCUGCCGCAUGGCACUUACAUCGUAUGACCAGAUUCCAAGCGAACUGGCGCCAUACGCUUUCGUGGAGUUCACUAUGCCCGCCACGCAGGUCUCGCAUACCACCGUGCGCUCCGUGAGUGUCCAAGAUUCGGAUGCCGAUGAACCGCCAGAGAAGUACGUCCGCUAUUUGGCACGGCACGAGUACAAGGUUGGCAUCGAGACCACGCACGGCGAGUCCACGAACGCGUAUUUGGCGGCAACGCGUCCUAUUCGCGAGGAGCCGCCCAGCACGGCCACCAAGCCUACUGCGUCUCCGGUCCCGCCCAGCGAUUCGGACACGGACUCAAACUAAGCUGGCUAGCCGCGCUGCUCCGGUGUUUAUCCGGUGGCACACUAGGGCUCAAUCUGAUAUUCACACUCCCAUGUGAAUGGAAGGCGGUGCCACUGGCAGCAGCUUUUUGUAGAUAUUCCUCUUGCAUGGGUUUCCUUAUCGUUCUUGUUAUAUACUUACAUGAUAUACAAUACGGUGCUUAAGUACAGCAAUUAAAGAGUGCGAGUAAAGCAGACGAAGGAAAAAGCUAACGCUGUGUAAAAAGCCAAAUGAACGAAGUCGAGUCGAGAUCUGUGGAUCCAUCAGCGGGCGAGCAGAAAGCUAAAGCAUCUUACCUAACCUUUAAUCUAUGAACCAUAUAACCACAGCCAUAGUCCCCCGACCUAACCCAGCCAGGCCCUAAAAAAUUAAACUUCGUUACUUGUAGACAUAUGAUCACGUUAAUUUUAAUUGAUAUCAGACCAGAAUCGUACUUAAAGUCAACCCAUACAUAUGCAUAGUGGUUAUUAUCUCAAGACACUAAAACUCAUACAAGCGAACGAAGAAACAAUAAAAGGAAGUUUUCCGAAGGCAGAAAAAAAGCGAAUUCCCCUCUUAGCGUUUAAAAGCAUAGGCUCAAAUGCACAUAACCAAUACAAAAUGGAGCUGCUACCUUAAAUAAGAUUACACAUCGCUGGCUCCAGUUUCCAACUUCGCAUAAUGUUAACGUUAGCAUUACCGUGUAAGUUUCUGGUGCAAGCUGCCAGCUUCGCAUAGAUUAAUCAACACUGGAGUGAGCUGCCAGCCUUAGAAGACGUUAACCUACCCUGGAACGAGCUGCCAGCUUUAUAAAGUUAACCAACACUGGUCACCAUACAUAUGGGGUGUCAAACUUGAAACUAUCCAUAGCCAUCAGCUACACUUAGGUUUAUGUAUACCACUAAUUUAAUAAAUUUAGAAAUGAAUUGAAAACUACAAGCAAAAGCAAAAACGUGAACGAAAAUGCAUAUUCAAAUGUUAUUGUUGUGAAUUAAAUUAAAUUAUAUUCAAACUAAACUACAAAGUAAUGGGAAACAAUAUAGGCAAAUCAUCUUUGUUGACGCAAAAAGUGUAUAAGAAACCGAAAUGCUGUAUUUAUUUAAAACCUAACGAAGAUAUUCAUAUACAUUUGCCAUACAUACUGAUUUGUUGAUUGUGUUUUAGAAAAAUUUCAUGCAAAUAGAUUUGUUAAUUGCGUGUUAAAUGAAUAUAUUCUUCAUCCCAGACUAACAACCUCCCAAAGGCUUAAAUUUUUUCGAUUUCUUGUCCUCUCCAUAACGCAAUAAUUCAUGUCGAACAGCUCUACUACGAACUCUUAAAACGACUCUCAAUGGAAUAUUAAUAUAAAUAGUGAAUGUGUAUAUUGUACCCCUAAGAAAUGAAUCUUCAUUCAUGUAUUAUGUAUGUUACAUUAUUUAAGUUUAAUUCUACAUAUAUUAUAUCGUAUAUACCAUAUAUAUUGUAUGUACAAUAAAAAAGAAGGAAAUCUAUGCAAACAAACCGUUCGGUUGACAAACACUCUCACAUGUUAUAUUUAUAUAAUAAUUAUACAAAAAUCGACGGUCCCGACGCGAUAUAUGCCCCCGAUGCAUAUUCUUUUGUGGGCAUAUACUGCGCUGGAAUUAGUUGCUAUUAAACAAAUAUGCGGCGCAAGCCAAAAGGUAUUAACCGAAAAACUAAAAACAAUAUAAUGAAUUAUUAUGAACCGAACAAAAACGCAUUAUGAAGGAACAAUAUCUAGUCAAAUGAGAAAAUAAAUAUUGAGACAACAAAUAUUAAGCAAUGCAAA